AUGUCGUCUGACUCAUUGACUGAGGUGGCCGACAUCCUGCCCCGCCUCGAUGCCUCCAUCCGCUGCUUCAGCCACAGCGCUCAGGGUACAUUAGAGGCGACUGUCAGAUGUGAUGACAAGAUGGCUUUUCUCGUGGACAAAUUGGUCCUCCGUUUUGCGGGCACGGACGACAGGGGGUCUCUCGCCCGUGCGCUGAAGAACAGCCCCAAACUGGCCGCUCUUUUCAAGCAAGAGGUCCGACUCGAGCCCAGUGUGGUGGCAGAGCUUUCUCCUAUCUCUGCCAUGCAGUGUACUUUUGCGAGUCAGAGGUGGGACUCGACACUGGAGGCUCUGAGAUUGAUCGUGCUCAGGUUAGACGAGAUGCUGCGUUUUCUCUGCAAGGUUUGUCUCGAAGAAGAGAAUCGUGCAUGGUCGCUUGCCUUGCUGCAGGUGUUUACGUGGCCCAACAUCAUCUCACUCUGCUUGCUGGUGGAGUUCAUGUCCGCUGUCAGAGAGCACAUUCAUGUCUUCGACAAUCAAGGUGGCACUCGUGGCAGUGGACCCCGCCAGACGACAAAAUCAGCAUUUUGCCGCAUUGUCUUUGCAGCUCGCAGGGCACGGAUGCUGUCAGAGAAUCUCGCAAGGCUUUUUCACUUUGAAAUCGAUGGCAAAAAGCACAAGCCCUUGGUUCUGGAUCCCAAUUUCACCCACGGUUAUUGUCAGAUAGCGGCCAAAGCCUUGAAGUUCGGUCAUGGCUUGGAUCUGCGGACGCUGAUUGCCGAUGGCCUGGGUUCCAUUGCAAACCUCUCGAAUGCGUUCUUGAAAGGAGUUGCGUCAGAGCAGGAGGCCGGUCUGGGCGAAGCUUUCGAACCGUUCGAUGUUAGUCACUGGUUGGCUUCUCGAGAUGACGAAGCCCUGCACCUGGCCUUUUAUUUUUUACUGUCAGAAGUUCUCGCCCCGUUGGCCAAAAUUGCCAAAGUCGAGGUGCGCCUGCUGGUCAAAGAGAUGCUGGUUGCCAGACCUACUGCCUUGGCAUGUGUCAGGCGUGGGUCCACCGACCCCGAGAUCUACUGGGGAGAGGUCCUCAGACACUGGGGCCCCAAGAAGCUGCCGGCUUUGUCAGACAUAGUUCCUUUCAUGCUUUCCUGUUGGGUGAGUUCGUCAGAGGUGGAGCAAGAUUUCAGCUAUAUGCAGCUGUUUCAGCUGAAAAGCCGCAUCAAAGCCGAGCACUUGCGUGACCUUCUGAAGGUGUUGUUAGACGGUCCUUCCCCGGAACAGCUCGCCCCUGUCAGACAGGUCAAUGGGAUGUGUGUCUAUACGGUGUCAGACAUGGUCCUUCGCUGCCAGGCUCAGUAUCGAAAGCUGUAUGGCAAUGCGAAGAACCAACGCAAGACGCCUCACCUUCCCCGGAAAGUCCACUCAAAGAAAGAGCCAGCAGCCAAAGGCGUUCAAGGAUUCCUGCGUGUAAGACGUGAAGAGAUCCAGAAAUUGAUCAAGCAGCAGGCCACGUCAGAAGGGGAUCAAACAUUGGAGGAUGCCGGCUUGGAGGCAAUCACGGCGGCUUCAUGUGAGGAGAAGAAGAAUGCGAAGUUCAACAAACUCUGCAACACCCUAGCCGACCUGCAGGCUCGGACGAUGUGUCAGCUAGGAAAGAAGCGGAAGGCACUGGAAGUCAUGACCGACGGCCAGUCCGACAAACAUGCUCAGGAGACGUUGAAGCUUGGUCAGAGUAUGAUGGAUGCCAGAAAAAUGGCAGAUCUCUCGCGUCGUGACUUGCAGUGGUCAGAGAGAACGGGGGCAAGCCUGUCCAGAUCGUCGUGUUGUGUGCUUCCACCUGCCGUUACCUUGUCGUCAGACGAGGAGCAGGUUCUGCAGCGAUUGGGUGUGAAGGUCUCUGUGUGGAAGUCAGACAGGGAAUAUUUUCGCGAACUCUUGCACUUCAAAGACAUUGUCUGGUUCACACCUGGUGACGAAUCUGCCAUUGCCGCACAGGAUGGCCUCAAUGCCACCGAACGUCAGACAGAAUGUCAGACAGCAUAUCUCCUUACUUCCCGGCUCUUGGGUGGCUGGGUCGCUGGCAUUGAGUGGUUAGAGGCAUGCAAGCGAUCACGUCAGACACUGCAACCUGUGCUUCGGCUUGCUCGUGCCUUGGCUAUACCACGCGAAAUGGUUUGCCAUGAGUCAGAGAAGUUCGGGUCACUGGUGUCAGACGUGGUCGCUGCAGCCAAUAUGGUUGCAUCAGCGAACUGCGCGUGGGUGAUCCGCGAGCAAAAGAAGAGAUCCUGGGUCCUCAUGUCAGACAAGAAAGCGAAGAAGUCGAAGGAGAAGGACAAAUCGCGGGAUAACAAGAAAGCAGGCAAACCAAUCAAUGUGGAGUACAUGUUCGAAAUGAUCACAGUGCAGCUUGGCCAGACCGUCUCUUCAAUCUGUCUUCUCUUUUUCUUCGAGCCAGUCUUCUGCCAUGAUGCCAUCACUGACUACACCUGA